AUGGAACCUUAUAAGACGCUGCUUUUCAUUAUACCUUUAUUUCUAAUAAGCCAUUUGUCUAUGAGUACGAAAAGACGGCCAGUUCUUCGAAACUCGCAAUCUACUCAAGUCGAGCAUGAGCACUGUAUCAAGACAUCAGAGUGCCAUAUACCAUACAUUAAUAAACCAUUAAAAAAUGAAAAAGGGAACCCCAAAAAACAAAACAAGAUUUGUUCUAAAGAUGAAAAUUUGAUAAACCUUCGUUUCGACGAGAAAACCCAUCAAUAUUUUUUGUAUGUAAAUGAUCAUGUGGCCCAGCUAAAACUAAGAUCUAUGGAAAAGCACUCUGCCAACCUGGUUGGAUACAAUUGCAGUUAUCGUGAGAUUAAAAGGGUAAAUCGCAGCUAUAUUGUCGAUGAACCUGUUGUCCUUGGAGACGAAGUUACAUUUUGGGAUGGCUAUAUUGUUCCCCGUUCUGUGGAGGGCAUGCUUGCAUCCUGCCGAAAUGAACUGGAGGAGGAUCUACAAUCGCAUAAUUUUACCCUCGUGCAAACUCCUAAGAUAUAUGCACCACUUAUUUCCUGGCACCGCAUACCGAGUGUUAUAAUGAUUGGAAUCGAUGGCAUUUCCCAGAUCAACUUUCGCCGUAACUUUCCCCUUGUAUUCAAUCAUCUUAAAAUGCAGGACUGGUUCAAGAUGGACGGAUACACAAGAAUUGGUGAGAACACCGAGUCAAAUUUAAUGGCUGUGCUGACUGGCUACAGUCCUCACACUUUGAUGAAUCUCAAAUGCGACUCGAGUGGGAUUGGUUGCCUCAAAACUGUUCCGCUGAUAUGGAAGCAUUUCAAGAAGAAGGGUUUUAUAACAGCCUAUGGCGAAGGAAUGUCCGAUUUGACAAUGUUUGUUUCGGAAAAGUAUGGGAUUUUUGAAGGUACCAUUGACUACUAUGCUCGUCAUAAGAAUCGUCAAAGUUGCACUGAUAGCAAGGAUAACUACGACUAUUAUGAGGAAUUUUUAAAACGACAUGCAAACGCCUCCCGUCCAUUCUUCGGAGUUUUCUUUGGAAACGGAAUAACACAUAAAUCUUAUGAUAAAGCCAAAUUACAAACUGAACUUUUGGAUAAAGUGAAGAAAUUCAAGAAAAUGGGUGUUCUUACCCAGUCAAUUGUCGUCCUAUUCAGCUAUCCUGUGCUGAAUAACUUUUCUAAGGAAGAUUUACCAAUUUUGUAUAUUUGGCUACCUCCUUGGUUUAGAGCACUCCGUCCUGAAAUAGUUCAAGCCUUGAGGAUCAAUAGUAAACGUUUGACUUCUCCAUACGAUCUACAUCUCACACUGCAACACCUCUUGGAACUGGGAGAACGUUGGCCACGAGCGGUGGACAGGCUGGUGGAUUGCCCCACUUGUCAAACCCUUUUUGCUCCAGUUCCCGAAAAUCGAACCUGUUCAGAUGCUGGCAUAGGAGAAUCCCAAUGUCCAUGUGAUAGCUACAAGCUGCUUAGAUCCAAUCAGAUGAAGCAAUUAUCUGUGGGAAAGCAAAUCGUGCGCAGUAUAAAUGAAUUCCUUAACCAUCACAACUUGCAGGAGCUGUGCCAUAAUCUUACACUGAUAUCCGUCAAAAUGGUGUUGCAACGAAAGGAUAGAAAAUUAUCAAGUGGCAGCACCUAUAGAGUAUAUUUCACUGCCAACCCAAAUAACGCAGAAUUUUCCACAACUACCCGCUACGAUAACAAUCGCCAAGAACUGGAAUAUAUAAAUGUGGAGUCCAUAAACCGAUUGAAUAACUAUCAAAAUGACUCGAGUUGCAUGCGAAGAUUGCGAGGCAGAAAGUUUUGUAUAUGCAAGAGCCAAAUUCUAGAGGAAAUUUCAGUAACUGCUAAGGUAAAUGUGAAUGGACAGAAGGAAAAUAAGCAAGUGGAAAAUCACAGUACUUCAGAGCUCAAAAAAUUAAUACCGAAUAAAAAUAAAAUAGAUGAUAGUUUAUAUGAAUUAGCAGACAUGCGAGAAAACGACCAAAACAUUGAAACAUUAAACAUUGAAGUUAUCUCGGUGUAA